CCAGGCUUCCCUCAGACCCGCUCCCUUCGCGCCGCCGUGUGGACCAGCGGCUGGCUGACAGACUCGCCCGCGGCAUGAACCGGGGCCAACGCGGAGGCGGCGGAGCUGGGAGCCGCGGCGGCCUCGGCACCAUGGAAGUGAAGAGCAAGUUUGGUGCAGAAUACCGGCGCUUUUCUUUGGAAAGGUCCAAGCCUGGAAAAUUUGAGGAAUUCUAUGGAUUACUGCAGCAUGUUCACAAAAUACCCAACAUUGAUGUCUUAGUUGGAUAUAUAGACAUUCAUGGAGAUCUCUUGCCUAUCAACAACGAUGACAAUUAUCACAAAGCAGUUUCUACAGCCAAUCCUUUGCUUAGAAUUUUUAUUCAAAGGAAAGAAGAUGCAGACUACAGUGCCUUUGGGAUGGAUACCAUAACAAGGAAGAAAAAUGUCUUGACAAACGUGUUGCGUCCAGAUAACCAUAGAAAAAAGCCUCACAUUGUCAUUAGCAUGCCGCAAGACUUCAGACCAGUAUCUUCUAUAUAGAUGUAGACCUACUUCCAGAAACCCCAUCGCAGAGUGCAGCUUUAUAAAUAUGGAACGGACAAGCCUCUAGGAUUUUAUAUACGGGAUGGCUCUAGUGUCAGAGUAACGCCUCAUGGGUUAGAGAAAGUACCAGGAAUUUUCAUAUCUAGGCUUGUCCCUGGUGGACUGGCUCAAAGUACGGGCUUAUUAGCUGUAAAUGAUGAAGUUCUGGAAGUAAACGGUAUAGAAGUUUCAGGUAAAAGCCUUGAUCAGGUUACAGAUAUGAUGGUUGCUAACAGUCGAAACUUAAUAAUUACUGUGAGACCAGCGAAUCAGAGAAACAAUGUUGUUAGGAACAGCCGGACUUCUGGUAGCUCAGGACAGUCUACAGAUACCAGCCUUCCAAGUUACACUCCACAUACUGUGCCCAUAUACCACCCUGAAGAAGAGGAAGACAGUGAUGAAGAUGAUAUUAUUAUUGAAGAUAAUGGUGAGCCACAACAAAUUCCAAAAGCUGCUCCUUCCAGUGACAGCAUUGAGUCACUGACACAAACUGAAACCAAUCAUGAAUCUGUGCAGAAUGGUUUAAUUUCUUCCAGAGAAGUAAACUUGUAUUGUUCAACUGGCAGCAUUAACAUGGAGUAUGAAAUCCAGGACUCAGACCCAAAGACUUUAGAAGAAGAUGGGACAAUCAUAACAUUGUGAAACUACAACGGCUUAUUUGCU